AUGCCUGAAGAUUUUACCUCCCAAAGCGCAAUAUUUGGUGGCGCUAUCACCAGUACUUUCCCCCUCCGUUUCCAGGAUGUGAGUACUAUUCGUCAAGUUCCUGAUCAUCAGGAGGUAUUUGUGGACCCCACACGCGACGAGAGCUUGAUAUUUGAACUGCUGGACUUGAAGGCUGACGUUCCGGAUCAGGGCAGUGCGACUUGGUUUCUUCAAGAUCUUGCCAAUGAACAAGAUGCCGAGGGAACUAUGGUACUUGAGCAAUCAGGGGUACUCCUGGCUGAUGGGUUGCAAUACAGAAACAUACCUGCUGUUGUUACAACUGCUACUGGGCAAAUGGGCAUAUCCAAGGGAAGACAAGGAAGGGAAGCGCAAAAUAUCGUGAAGGUCUAUUUGGCUAAUUUGCGUCUCAAGGACGUUGGGACAGAUGUUCUGAUCACUGCAUAUGAGCCUAUGUUGAUAAAUCCUUUGAGCGAAAGUGCAAGCACGGUUGGGGCUGGUUUGGCUGUACCUGCUGCACAAUCUGGAUGUAUGCCAAUGGCUGAAGUGUUCAAACUUGCUGUUUCUAGUUUCAAGACCAGUUUUCUCUUCGAGUUAAAUUUGUUUACUUGGCCGAGGAAAAUAUGUUGCUUGGAUUUGGGCCCUUGA